GCACCUCGAUGAUGGCCAUCGACAUCUGGCCGAUGAAACCUCGGGAAUUUUCGUAUCAUGAUGCCAUGUACCACCAGUAUGCACCAAAACCUGAAAGGACCUCAACACAUCGCGAAACGGAGAUAAUUGGAUUGUUUCGCGAUGAAACGUAUGAUUAAUCAAGGUGAUCCAUGACCAUAAGAUCGCAUCUAUAAUUUCAUCACCUUAGUGGUUGCUUUGUUCCGGAUUACUUUUUCUUCUGUGAAUUCAAUUCCAUUCCUAUCCAUCAAUCCUCCACCAUGGUCGACACGUUGGACAAGAUUCUUGCGACGAACAACUUCUAUGCCAUUCUCGGCGUGACCUCGGAUGCCUCCAAGUCGGAGAUAUCCAAGAGCUACAAGCGCCUCUCUCUAAAGGUCCAUCCCGACAAGCACUCUUCCGGAACAGAGGACGUCAAGGAGAAGGCAAAGCGAGCCUUUCAAAAGUUAAAUCAAGCCACCAAACUCUGUCGGAUCCCAGUGCGCGCAGGCUAUACGAUGCUCAAAACCAACGGCAAGAAGCUAACCAACGACAAAGAGAGGCUGAGCAACGGCGACGAGAGGAACAACGCAAACGUGAAGAAUGGCAACGUCAACAAGAGCAACAGCGGCGGGAAGCGGAGCGGAGACGCCAACAAGAGCUGA